AUUUACGAUAAAUAAUGACAAAAUCUUCGUGUCAAAAAGCAAUUUAAAGCUGAUUCAUUAUUACAUUCAACAUUUUAAAACUUUGGUUUGGUCUGACAUCUUAAUCAGCCGGAUUUUUUAAAUGAUGCUACACGAAGUGACCUUGUAGUUUACAUACAGAUCAUAUAAAAAAGAAUAAUUUUGAGAAUUUUGAAAGACUUGAAAAAGCCGACUGCGCAUAUUUAAACGAAAUAAGGAUGGAAAACGGCAUAAUAUGCACACACUCAAAGUAAAACAGGAUAUUCAACAAACUAUUUCAGAAGAAAAAUGGUAUUAAUAGUGCUAAUUGAAAUAAUACGGAAUAGAAUGCUAAUCAUGAUUCAAAAUUAGUUGUGUCCAUUUUCUUUGUGACAUGUUACUUGUGUUGCUUUACUAAAUUAUACGGGAAUCAAUGCAAUGAUUCAAAAUUAUGAGUUAUAAUAGACUUUUGGACAAUAUCCUUGUGUUGCCUUACUGAAUUCUACGGACUACAAUGCAGUGAUUCAAAACAAUGAAUGCCAGUUUACUUUCUGACAUCUUCCUUUUUGUUGCCUUAGUGAUGGGAAUGUAUGCAUGUAAAGUUUCCAGUCACUUUGUUGUCACAGCGACACAGAAAACCAAUCAUGGUCUAACAUGCUGGACAUGUCCAGAGAUGUACAGUAAUCAAGAAUGCAAUGAUUGGGCACCAGAUAUUCCCUGUCCACAAAAUAAAACAACAUGUGCAACACUUCAUAGAUUUAAUACAAGUAGCAAAGUCAGCAUAAGAGUAACCAAAUCAUGUGUGUUUCCAUUGGAUUGUGAUGAGUCGGUUGUUGGAUGCAUCACAAGAGAUGGCGCCACGGAAUGUACCUCCUGUUGUACUGAGUCAUAUUGUAACAAGCACAUCCCAACAGACGACCGAUCGGCCAGUCAGCUGACAUCAAACUCCAUAUCGUCUGCGCCAUCUUUACCGCAGAAUUCAGGGCUAUAUUUGACAUUGAUUGUUCACUGCUUAUCUUUGUUAAUUUGUAUCUAAUGAUCGAUAGAUAUAUCAUAUGUACCGGGGAAAGAAUUUAUAAAAUGUGCAAUAUAUUUUCUUGAUUGUUAUCAAAUUUAAAUGUGUUUGGGUUAACGAACAGCGAGUCUUGGUUACAAAUUUAAAUGUCUAAAUUCUUAUACUUUGUAC